AAAUGUAUAUUUACAAGAUGUGAUAUUUAUGGAAGGCAAAACAAAUUUUAUUAUCGAUAAUGAAUUAAUAAAACUGAUUGGAAUUUACAAACAUAAAAAUAUUUAUUUUUAAAACGAAGGGCCUAAUUGGAAUAAGGGUUUAUUUCGUAGGAGCAAAGACCUUAUGAUGAUGAUCGAGAUCAUUAGAAAAAAUAUCGGAGAAUUCUUGGACAAUCUUGCAGAAGGAUAGGCAUUGCGCAUGCGCGAUAUCUCAGUCAGCAGCGGUUCGUAGAGACGAGUGCAUGGCUGCGCGGGAAGUGAUAUUAUUUAUUUAUUUAACGUCAUAGUUUACUGUACAUUUAAAAAAUAACAUCAAAUGUAUCAUUCAAUCAUGUGUUUGAAAAGUUUUAAAAAUACAAAUUGGAUCGUUCUUUAUUUUGGUCUAUUGGGGCUACUUCAGCAAGUGGAGUGUGUAGACAACAAAUAUGACAACUAUACCCUGAUCAGGCUUUACCCAAGCCAUACACAGCAAAUAGAAGCAUUGGAAUAUCUUGAAAAACCAGAGCAUCAUGUUGAAAUUUUGAAGAAAAGUCGUAGUUUCAAUGAUAGUACUGACAUCUUAGUACCGCCGAGUGACAUACCGUUUGUUAAGGAAUUCAUUAAAAGUGAAAACUUGAAUUACGAACUCAAACGUAACUAUGGAAGGACGUUCGAAACCGUUGAGCGAACGCCAAAAAGAAGAGUUUUACGUGGAUUUAGUGUUUUUGAAUAUCACUCGUUCUCCGCUAUCCAGGAAUACAUAGACAAUUUGGCAAAACGACAACCUGACUUGGUAAAACUUCAAAACCUAGGAACGAGCUACCAAGGCCGGCGAAUGAAACUUGUUAAAAUAUCUUCAGAUCACAAUGCACAAAAUCCUAUUAUAUUUGUCGACGCUGGUAUCCACGCCCGCGAGUGGGUGGCGCCAGCGAUGGCUCUAUACCUGAUCCACAGGCUGGUCAACGACCCCGAUGCCCGUAAAGAGCUGGACGGAGUGGAUUGGUACAUCCUCCCGGUUGUCAACCCUGAUGGAUACGAAUACACACGCACUAAUAGAGCGAAUCGUUUAUGGAGAAAGACCAGAUCAAAAAAUUCUCAGUACGAAUGUUUUGGAGUUGACGGAAACCGUAAUUAUGGUUUCAAAUGGGCUGUUAGUGGCAUAUCCACUAAUCCUUGCGAUAAGGAAACUUACGCUGGACCAAAACCUUUCUCCGAAGUAGAAACACAAAUGGUCAGAAACAUUAUGAUGGAAAAUAGCAAACGAAUGAAAUUGUAUGUUUCCUUACAUUCAUAUGGACAGUACUUGGUUUACCCUUGGGGUUAUACAGGAGAAUACUUGCCAAAGGAAUGGAAAAAAUUAGAUACGUUAGCUAGAAUGGUUUCGGACGCAGUACAAAAAGCUGGCGGUCAGCCCUUCAAAGUUUUGAGUGCUGGAAAAUGGUAUGCUGCUGCUGGUGGUAGUGAUGACUAUGCUUUUGGAGCAGUUGGUGUUCCAUACUCUUACACAAUGGAAUUGACAAAUGGUUAUGAAUUCAUAUACCCUGAACGACUUUUACGCACAGUCUUACCACAGUACUACGAAGGAUUCAGAACGUUUGCGGCACAAAUUAAAAAAGAGUUCUGUUUAAAAUAUAUUGGACAGCGAUGUAAGUUUGCUACGCUAGAAGAAUCUGGCACAAUUAGCUAAAAUUUAUGCGAAAAACUCCGGGUUAAAAUAUAUAUUAAAAAUGAAA